UCGACCAUCAGCCAGCCAUCAUCAGCGCGUACAAUGAAAACUGUUCCGCGGAUUCGUAAAGUCGUGUUGAAUGAGAAAGAGCUAGCAGCAUAGAAGAGAAGAAAACGCAGUAAAAUUUUUUAUUGAAGCUCCUUGCCGAGGAUUAUAUUUUCGACCAAAUUUCCCGUAUCAUCGUGUAUUCAGGCCCGCCGGAAGCGAACCCGUGUGUACGUUGCGCCGUUUGUGACCGAUUGCUGCUGGAAUAUUGGAAGGCCGCAGAAUUUGCCACCAGUGCUGCAGUCGAUAUCAUCGCUCUCGGGAUAUACAUAAUAAGCUAGAAGAGUGGUGUUGCUCUGUGGCAGAUUGUGCGUGACAGCCGUUCUAUUGUGUAUUUUGGCAAAAAUAAUAUUCGCGUGUUUUCCCGUGUCGUGUCCGGAACGUAACCAGCUCCCGGGAGCGCCCCCUUUCGCGAGUGUUUCUCGAUUCGUUUCUCGUCCGUGCCAAAGGGGGAAAGGCUAUUCGUUGUCGCGAGUGUUCCUGGUUUCCUUCACCGAUUGCUUGUGUACCCAGACAAAAGGUUUUUUUUUGUCUCCGUCCGCGGGAAGAAGGGAACCCUGUGUGCGCGUGUACAUCGUUGUAGGUGUUCAGUUUGAUUCCGAGAUUCUCCUGGCGGCGGAUCCUUCAACGGAAGCGUCCGCUAAAGAAGGGAAACGGAGUUCCCCGGAAGUAGAUGAAGGAACCAUCUACUCUGCCAGCUAAAGAACGUACGGAAGCAAUAAACCGCAGUACCAGCCGCGCAUUUGAGCCGACACCGUCCCAGCAGCCUCAGUCGGUGAUUGUGCAGUGUGCAUUGCAACUGUCCCGAUACCGACCGCCGUUUCAAGGCAGCUCGCCGCCCGUUGCUUGGGUACCGGUUAGCACAAUCCGGAAACAACGCCGCCGAAGAAGAUGUCCCGAAAUAAAGACAAAUAUGACAACAAUCGGCGGCAGCAGACAUUCCUCUCGGCGGAGGAUAUUGCGACUGGGAAGAAAACCUGUUGGCACGGUGUCGAGAUAACCGGCAGUGUUCGGAACAUCAGUCCGACGCUGUGGAAAUUUGAGCAUCUGACGGCCCUCUACCUGAACGAUAACUGUCUGAUGCGGUUACCACAUCAGAUCGGGCUGCUGGUCAAUCUGCGCAUGUUGGACCUGUCGAGCAACAAGCUGCGCAGCCUGCCAGCAGAACUGGGUGAACUGAUACACCUGAGGGAACUCCUGCUGAACAACAACUUACUGCGUGUGCUUCCGUACGAGCUGGGCAAACUGUUUCAUUUGCAUGUGCUCGGUCUGCACGGGAAUCAGCUCGCUAAGGACGUAAUGUCGAUCUUCAACGAGCCCAACGGAACGCAGAAGCUGCUGACGUACAUGCUGGAUAAUCUGUCAGUGACCGUAGCUCCGCCACCACAACGUCCCUGGAUACCUUUAGCGAGGCCGAAUCGGGCCAGGGGUGCAUGUAUAUUUACCGUCAUGUGCUAUAAUGUACUCUGCGACAAGUACGCUACCAGGCAGAUGUACGGCUACUGUCCCAGCUGGGCCCUAGGCUGGGAAUAUCGAAAAAAGGCAAUCCUGGACGAAAUUCGACACUACUCGGCGGACAUCAUCAGCCUGCAGGAGGUCGAAACGGAUCAGUUUUUCAACUUCUUCAAACCGGAACUGAAGAACGACGGUUACGAGGGUAUCUUUUCGCCCAAAUCGCGUGCUAAAACGAUGUCCGAGCUGGACCGGAAAUACGUCGACGGCUGCGCCAUCUUUUUUCGGUCGUCCAAGUUUACGCUCAUCAAGGAACAUCUGGUCGAGUUCAAUCAACUGGCAAUGGCAAAUGCCGAGGGUUCGGAUAACAUGCUGAAUCGGGUGAUGCCAAAGGAUAACAUCGGUCUGGCGGCACUGCUCAAGGUGAAAGAAAGUGCAUGGGAAGGUGUUCCACAAGAGCAGGCCGCAGUUUCACAGCCGAUUCUGGUGUGUACGGCGCACAUUCACUGGGAUCCGGAGUUCUGCGACGUGAAGCUUAUUCAGACGAUGAUGCUUGGCAACGAACUGAAGACGAUACUGGAUGAGGCGAGCCAUAGCUUCCGGCCGGGGCAUAAGUUCGACGUAAACAAUGUGCAACUGGUGUUGUGUGGCGAUUUCAAUUCGCUGCCAGAUUCGGGCGUAAUCGAGUUUCUCAGCGCCGGGCGUGUAUCAGUGGACCAUCAAGAUUUCAAGGAGCUGGGCUACAAAUCCUGCCUGCAGCGUAUAUCAAAUUUCGGUUCAACUUGCGAAUCCAAUUCGGUAGUUGGACAGAGGCUAUGGCUCAGCCAGCGAAUCACGACUGUACUUUGA